AACUUAUUUAGUGUUAUGAAGUUUUUAAAAGUUUAUAUUGAUGAUAAUGAUUAUAACAACGGAUUAAAUACUAUGGAGAAUAUAAAAAAUACCACAAGUUCGGUUUUAAAAAUAAUAUCAUUAAAUGAUUUUUCGAACAUUGAAACAAACUUUACAUUGAACAGUACAUCUGAAACAGAAACAGAACUUUCACAGGAAAGUAAUAAUGUGCAACAAUUAUGGAGUUUACCUAAAACAACUGUGACUUCAUUGGAAGAUAAAUCUUUAUUAUUUAACAUAUCAAGGAGUACUGUACAUGUUUCUACAACAACCUUAGACUCUGUUGAUGAAUUUGGACCACCAGAAGGAAUAGAAUAUAUUUUUGUACCACUUGGUGUUAUGGUUUUCGUCAUUGUAUUAUCUGCUGUGGUAUUUAUUAUAUCAAGAAAACGAAAGUUGGAGCGCUUAAGGCAUAGACUAAUGCCAAUGUACAAUUUUGAUCCUGGAGAAGAAGAGGAAGAUGACUGGGAAACUGAACUAUUGGAUGAAUGUUAUAAUAAUCAUCAAAGACGAACUAAUUUUACAGCAAGGAUACCAAUCUAUGGACGUAGAAGAUAAUGCUGAACUUUUUGGUGAUCAUUGACAAAAUAUCAGUUAGUGUUUAACCAAAUUUCUUUUAUCUUUUAUGUAUCAUGAAUAUAGUUCAUUAAAAUAUGCUUGAUAUAACAAUAUUAAAUGAUGUCAAAAAAUGAAAUGCAGAUGUAUACAAAAAUAUUAUAUAAUACAGUUCAUAAAAUUUAUAGUUAUUUUAAUUAACAACAUUUUUCUUGUAUCUUUUAAUGCAGCUUUUAUAGAAAACAAUGUAUUAAAGUACAAAAACAGUAUUUUAAACUUUUAUCUAUUUUAUCAUAGUAAAAAUACAACGUAAAAUUGUUUCUAACUCUAGUGCCUUUAGUUGCCUAAAAAAGCUUUAUAUUAUUUUGAAAUCUAUUGAUUGUUAUUAUCAAUUACUCUCAUUAACAAAAUACUGUGAUUAUUAUCUGUUGUGAAUAACAUUGUAACCAUAUAUAUAUAAUUCACUCUUCUAUUUUUCCUGAUGUAACAAUUAUUACAUAAAUAUAUCCUCUGUAACAUAACAAA